AUAUCCCCACUGCGUUUUUUUUUCUUGUUGAUUUCCAUGGGAUGCUCUACCGUCUUUUAGUAUAGGAAGAAAUUUGUCGACAUGGUAAGAGAAGUAGCCACAAUCUAACGUUGCUGUAUAAAAGUGUCUUAAGGUCAAGGGAUUGUUAUGAUUGGCUACUACUUGAUGGAUUUUUGUAUGUUUUGAAGCCAAGUGUUUUACGUCAUUUUAUAUCUGUGUUGUUUUUUGUGAUUUGUUCGGAGAUUUUUAUGAAAUUAUGUAUUUAUAAGCAAUGUUAAAUGUGGAUACUUCUUCUUAUCUUGAUUAAUUAAAUUAUAAAUAUUAAACAAUAAUAAUUGGCGCUUGCCGGAACUUCUGGAAAGAACAGGGCUAUAAUAUCUGAAUGAAAAUAUGAUGCAUAAAGUAGAAGUACGACCAAACAAGCCGAGGGAUGGCCGCCAUUGUGAUCUUUGUGGAUGUUCGCAACCUGCUGUCAGAUGCGACAAAUGCGGCUGCCAAAUAUUUUGUCUGUCGUGCGAUGACAUGUACCACAGACAUCCAAAAAGACGAUUCCAUCUCAGAAAAGCUGUGGAUCCAACGCCACCCACUUCACAGGCACGGCCUGUUUUGCCUAUGAAGGUGGCCCAUUUGGCUACCUCUCCUGGUGACCCUUCGAAAAUGCCAUUGCCACCACCCAGGAAGAAGAAACCAGGAAAGUCAUUUUUUGACACUUUCAGGCGCCCGAGUCCAUCUUCAGAUCACAGUCCACCUCUUCCUAAAAAGGAAUAUUCCUGGACAGAUCGACUUGGGAGUAUAAAAAAGUUCAUGAGCAACAGACCUUUACCUCCACUCCCUGCAAACGAUUUAGAAGAGAAUAAUAUUCAGUUAACAGGUGUAACGCAGAAACACGAUCUUUCAUUCAUUCACAAAAGAGUUGACGAAAAGCCCCCUCAACUUCCACAACGUAGUUAUAAGCAGCCACAGGAAUUUUUUGGGGGUAUUGAAGAAAAAGAAAACCAUUCCCAUGGUGAAAAUGGUAUAGAUAUUAGAAAUGGUUCUGUUCAUGGACCACCUGUUCAGAGAAAUGGAGGUUUCAGUUCCCCAGAAGAUAAUCAGUGGACAAAUAGAAAAAAUGAAAAUCAGUUUCCUCGCCAAUUACACACCCUGGACAACAGGCAAAACCAUCCAGGAUUUGUGCAACAGGGCGGACCUGGAUAUCCACACAAUUUUAACCAACCACUUCACCAGAGCAUCAGUUCGACAGAUCUGCAGAGUCUACCAGGCAUGGAUGGACAUCCAACAAUGCCACCACACUAUCCUCAUUAUCCUAUGAAUGCCCCUAUGCCUCCUCAUUAUCCUUACCCCAUGUAUCCUCAGUAUCCUAAUUAUCCUCCUUAUUUCGGAAAUUCUUUUGCAAACCUCUCAAGUCAACCUAAUACAGAAAAUGACUUCAGUGAUAAUUCAGAGGCCUCGUCCAGACAACACGGAGGAAGAAGAUACCCAUUCCGUAAAAAAGCCAAGCGUAGUCAGAGUGUAAUGGUUGAUAGAAUGGGUUAUCCUGGACAAUAUUAUCCUUUUGGUCCGUAUCCACCUGGCUACGCACCACCACCCUGGGGUCCACCUUUCCAAAUGGAAGCACCACCCUCACCUGCCAGCUCCAUUAGGUCGCUGAAUCGUGUGGGUAGGACAAGACGUCGAAAGAAGAUGACCAGUGAGGACGAUGAUGAAGAAUUUUCUGUUUCCAGUUCUCCUCUGAGUCGUCCGAAAUCUUCAUCUUCAGAAAGACCUGUUCAAGGAUUCAGAAAAGCACCACCACAUCCUCAAUCCUCCUCAUCAGAGGAAAGUGAAAAUGAAAAAGAAAUUAGUAGGAGCAAAGGAUCUAGGACGAAUAGAAAAGAUUCAGAUCCGAGACGGUUGCCAUCUCCUGCAACAAGAAGCCCUCAGGUCCACAAGAAAAAAACAUCGAAACAAAAGAAAACUGCUGUUUCGGAACAUUCCGAUGCUGAUGACAGUGAACCGAAACCUNUAUUACUUCAUCGUCCAACACCACCACCCGGUCCAUCAGUGUCAUUGACUGUACCAUCCAGCCAGUGGCAGUGUAAACAUUGCACAUUCAUCAAUUCACCGCAAAAUAAAAUAUGCCAGGUGUGCUGCAAAACAGCGUCUCCUGCAGAGGACACAACAACUGCUUCCAGCAGACCAACCAGUGCGAGCAGUCGAAAACUAAGCCUGAGUUCAGAGAAAAGUUGUUCUUCUCCAGAGAAAAGAAUCGAGGAUGACACAGAAGACAUGAAAGCCAAACAGGACAUGGAAAAUUUGAACUCAGCCCUCGAUGAGGCCGAAAAAGAGAUCAGUCGUGGAAUAGAAGAACUCAUGAAGCUUAAGGAAGACUUUUCUUCACAGCAAUCAAAUUCACCGAAAAAAGACUCUCCAUCAUCGAAAAAGCCACCAGUCGUCAAAGACAACGUGGAAAACUCAAAACCAGUUUACAAAUCAUCCGGUAAAAUGCGAACAAGGAUGCUGGACAAACUGAACUUAAGCUUAGAACCAUCCACAGUAUCAGCAUCGACAGAAACCCAAACUGGCAACAGUCCCGCUGGCUCUUACGACUCAACGGACAAAAUCAUAGAAGCAAGACGACCAUCAACAUCUUCCACAACAUCAGAUGCCUAUAACUCGCCAAUAGCACAAAGUCCAGAUCCUCAACAAGCAGCAAGCAAAACAAGCAAGCGUAAUACUCAGAAAGAUUCUUCAUGCCAAACACACCAAGAUAAUAACAUGGAUUAUCCAGAUCGGGGGCCGAUGGAAGAUGAACCACGUUUUGGAAGGCAGACGAAUGGAUUUGGUUAUCGCUAUGGUGACAGAUUGGAUAUGGUUACGUCACCUGUGCCUUCAAUGUAUGACAGGGAAUUUGGUGGUGGUUUUGGUAUGAUGCCAAGAUCUCGUUCACGAGCUUCGUUGUUUACCGGUAGAAUGAAUGAUCCUGGGUUAAUGGAAUAUGGAAUGGGAGCGAGUCCUAUGUAUAGGAGCGUAAGCCGAACUUCACUAACUGGUGACUUUUCUGAUAAUAGAUUUUCAGAGUUUCACAAUUUGCGAAAACCGGACUAUUACCUGAGUAUGGAGGAACUAGUAGAGCGAAGACGUCAGGAACAUAUCAGAGCUCAAGGCCUAGAGCUUGUUCGAAUGAUACGAGAAGCAGAACAACAAGGUUUUACGGCCGACGACAUUCAAAUAGCUUUGAGCAAAAGUGGAAACCAAAACCCUUUGAAAUGGUUACAAGAAAAUUGGAAAAACAUGGUGGAAAAUGUUGUCAAUAUGUCAACCAAUUAUGGCAACGAAAAGAAGGAAAACGAUGUUGGCGCAGUUAGUGAAGAUGAAGCAAGAGAAGCUUUGAGAUUACACAAAGGAAAUAUUUGGGCGGCUGUUACAGAAUGCGUCGAAAGUCGCCAACGAAAAUUUUUUGAACUAAAAGCUCGAGGAAAAUUCAGCUCCAAAGCAAUCAUCGAAGCACUUACAGCAGCGCAAGGUGACGUAGGUUUAGCCUACUCUAAGCUCACAAAGUCCUCUUCGAAACCCUUCUUAAUGCGUAUAUGGGGAGCAGGGGAAGGAGCUGAAAAUCAAGACGGAGCACUCAUACCUAUGGGCAAGAGUCCUUUCCAAAGCGAGGAAGACCUAUAUAUGAAACAAAGAAACCAAGAAUACGAAGCUCUUAGCGACGACAUUUGGUCUGAGGAUGAAGAUGUGGAGUGGGAAGAUGAUGCUGAAGAAGAUGAAGAACAUGAACAAGGUGAUUUGGAUGAUCUCCAGACUUGCCGAGAGGAUUUGGCUAAUGAUAUCAUAACGCCAGAAAGUGAUAAAAGUGAUUACGCCGAUGCGUUUGGCACAAGCACUUUAGAAAGAGUACCGUCUUUGCCUUCGGAAGAAGAAGUUUUCCCAGUACCAGAUGAACAAAAAGAAAAAAGGCGCAGCGGCUUAUUAAGUAAACUUGCUGCAUUGAGAAAAGAUGGUAGUAAAACAACUUCAAAAACAGUUACGGACGAUGAAAAUCAAUCCAGUGGUGAACAAAUCGAACAGGCAAAAACAUACGCACCACUAAAUAUAAUAAAGAACACCAUAUCAGCAAUUCGCGAUACAGUAAGUGGACCACUCAAGUCUGAAAAGAAAUUGCCCUGCGCAGCUCCAGAGCGUAGAACUAUAAUUGUAAAUAGUCAAAUUCCACGAGAUGUGAAAGAAGAAAAUAAAAUUCCAGAAACAACACCUACUAUAAAUUCCACCGAGGCAAUUAGUUUAGAAGUCGAUGAACAAAUUAACACCGUUCUGAAAAAUGGUAAAAAGAACGUGUCAAAAGCUGAAUUUAAACCAGAAAUUCAAGAAAACAUUUAUAAAGACUUAACCCAGUCAGAAGCCAAACAACAGAAACAAAAGCCAUUAGAAAUAAAGGAAAUACAGUCAAGAACUAGUGAAACGAGUUUAAAUAUAGUAACUGAAAACUCAAAUACAAAAACAAAUCAUUCCGAUAGUAAAAUAAAUGACAGUAUGCCCAUUUAUGAUGAUCCACAUACAAAAAAUGAAAAUGUUAUCGUAACAUCAUUUGCGAAAGAAAAAGAACAUAGUUCUGAAAAACAUAACAAAGAAAGGAAGGUUGCUUUAGAAGUCAAACAAAACUCACAUCAGUCAAAUAAGAGCAUUGAAAAAGAUUUACCUAUUAAAAAAACACAAUCAACUGAUGCAAUUACUUUAAAAGAAACACAAAUACCGUCAACAAAUGCUGUCAGUUCCAUAGAAACACAGAUACCAUCAACGAACACAAUCACUUCACACGACACACAAUUGCCAUCAAUUAAUGCAGUCACUUCAAUAUCAACUGAAGAAAAACCUGUGUACGAAGAUAAACUAAUCAAAGAUAGCCCAAGUCAUAUUCAAAUUACGCAAAAAAUUGAAAAUCCUGAGAGCGCAAGAAAAGGAAACAGUUUAAGCGAAAUAUCUUCUUCUGAAAAGCAAAACUCUGAGAACGUAGCAAUGAACCUAGCUGUUCAAAACUAUGAUGAACCUUUACCUAUCCCUAAAACUGCAACCAAGAAUGAAAAAACUACAGCAAAUGAAACAAAAAGCAAUAUUAUUUCACCAAUUAAUCCCAAUAUGAAAGAAACUAAUCCAACUAAUAACAAAACGAGUAGUUCUGUAAAAGAAAAGACUUUAACCCAGCAAAAUGAGAAUGAGAUUUUAAAUUUAUCUAUGCCGAAAAAAGUUACUACAAUAAAAAAUACAAACUUAAAUAAAGUUAAAAGUAUUAAUGAUUCGGUGGAUUCAAUGGAAAAUUUAACCUCUAUAGCCAAAAAGGGAAAAGAAAUUGAUCAAAAUUCUUUAGUUACGUUUGAAAAGAAUAAUGUUUCUGUGGAUAGUAAAGAAAAAACUAAUCUCGUUGUUCCAGACGAGAAUGUUGCCUUUAAUUUAUCAGUCGAAAGUAAUGAAUGUCCAUUCGAAUCAAAUGAUUCAGGUAAAUCUGGAAAAAUUGAGGACACUUCAGUAUCUGCUUCAAACAACUUCCAAACAGGUGGUCAUGUGAAAAUGACAAAUGCUUCAGUCGUUAAUAAAAUUGUUUCAAAAGCCUUCAGUCAAGAAACAGCUGGCAAAGCUGAUAUUAAUAAGGAAAUAGAAGGUUUAAAUUACAUAGAUUCGAACGAAGUAGUUGAAGAAAUGGCAACAGUUAAAAUUUUUCAGAAAAAGAAAUUCCAACCAGCAGAAAAAGCUGAAACUGAAGUUGAUAUAGUCGAUCAUGACAGCGAAAUUAAAGAUUCUGUUACUAACGAAGAAUCCAAAUAUUUUGAAUCAAAUAAGAAGUUGAUAACUUCAGAUAAAGAAAAAACUAAACCACAAAAGAAACUUCCUGAAAUAGUUUCCGAAACUGUUACUACUAAAGUAGAAAAAUUAGAUGACACACCAAAUGGUCAAGAUAAAUUGGUGAACCAACAAAAAUUAUUGUUUGAAAAAGUUACAGAAUCUUCCAGUAGUAUGUUAGUACACCCAGAACAUAAAAACUGUGAAAACGCUGAAGAAGAAACUGAAUUAACAGACUCAAAAGAAAAUGAAGAAUUUUCAGUUGUACUUGAAAAUAGAGAAACUGAUUUAGAAAUGCCAAAAGGACACUGUAAAGCUGAUGAAAACGCUGCAUCAUCAGCCGCUGAUCAAAAAGCGAAUAUUAGUGAUCAAACUACUGAUACAAGAUCAAAUGAAAACAAAAGUGAAAAAUCUACCAAUCAAGAAGUACAUAAUUUAGGAAUGGAGAAAUUGCCAGAUGAUGUUAUAAACAAUUUAAAUACUAAUGAGCGAGAACAUUUAUCUCUAAAUAUACACACCCAUGAUGAAAAUAUGAAUGGUUUGACAAAUCCUCCUUCUACAUCCAGUAUGGAAAUCGAAAAAAAUUCAGUAUUAAACAUAAAAAUAACCGAAGAUCAGAGUCACGAACAUAUAAAAGAAACGGUUGUCAAUGAUGUAAACGUUUUGAAAAAUCAAGUUGAGGAUAUAGCCUCAAUCAGAGACUCUUCUAUUAAUCAGGUAGAUGAAAAGAUAAUCAAUUCAACUUCUCAGCAAAACUUUGAAGCAGAAUCGUCAACAAAAUCUUUAACUGGGGAUGCCAAAUCUACCAAUCAAUUUUCUAACAAAACUGAAACAGUAGAUUCCAAAAUAGAAAGUCUUAGCGAAUCUUCGGGUAAAAUAAAAGACAUUAGAAAUUCUCGUGAAAAAAUUCCAGCAGUUCCAGAUUCUAAAAUUUCAAAACAAACAUCCCGUACAACUGAAUUUCAGCAAAACACCGAAAAUUCUAGUAAUCAAAACAUUCCAGAAAAUAAAGCAGUUUCCCCAAAUUUAAUAAUUGAUCAAACAAAUGAUCAGCAUUCAGAACCCAUUCUAGAUACUGCGCAAACUGAGAAAAACAUUUCCGAAGACAGAAUUAUGUCUCCAACUCCUUCAACAUCAAAAGUUGGUACAGAAGGUGAAUCUUCAUCGAGUUUUUCGCCUCCAAAAAAUCAAAAUGAUGUAGGUAUCAAACAGCAAGAAGAACCAAAGAAGAAGCAUGGAAUCCUUAAAAAGACACCAAGUACGGAGGGUCCGAAUCCAAAUAAAGUAUCAUUUAGCUCCACAGACGUCAAAUUCUCUACUGAGGAUCCUUCAAAACUCCAAUUCUCAAAAAUUAAACAUAGUUCUUCAAGUGAGAGUUCUUCGAAUGAAGGACAAGAAGUCUCUGAUACAUCAGAUCAAGAAGAUAACUCCUCCUCAGCAGAUUUAUCCCCCACUGGGAACAGAAGAAGUAGCAUAGAUUUCUUGAGAAGCAGGUUUGAAGGAUUGAUAGAAAAUGGUGCUACUGCGGGACCUGUAAUUCGUCCCCAAAGCCCUUUCAGAAGGAUGUCUUUCAAUUCGAGGAAAGCAGCCAUUGCAUUGGAGAGAACGAAGGAAUCAACUACAGAUAAACCAUGGGUUCAGCCAAGACCAAGAACUGAACCAGCUAAGCCUGUGACAAAAAGAACCUUGAAGCAACAGUUAGAAGUCGAGAGGAAAGUCAGAAAAAUGGUUGCCGACCGGAAAUGCAGAACUUACAGAAAGGCGGAAAUUGUCGUCCAAUUGAUGGAGAUGAAUUUCGAAGAAGAGGAGGCAAUUCAAGCAGCAAAUGAAUGUUCCACAUUAGAACUGGCCAUCAGUUUUCUUCAACAAGAAUGCUUGCUUUGUACGGGAUAUUUUCCAGUGUCACAGAUCAUCUCUAUGAUUCAUUGCUCUCAUAUGGCGUGUCGUGAAUGCAUUCGAGCUUACUUCACUGUCCAGAUAAGGGACAGAAAUAUUAUGGAACUUUUGUGCCCUUUCUGCAAUGAACCUGACUUAACAGACGAAGACAUCGCUCAAGAUUAUUUUAAUCACUUAGAUAUUAUGUUAAAGAAAUUAGUGGAUGAGGAAAUCCACGAGUUAUUCCAAAGAAAAUUAAGAGAUAGAGUUUUAAUGAGAGACCCUUCAUUCAGGUGGUGUUCAAAGUGUUCGUCUGGAUUUCUAGCAAUGCCCAAUUUAAGAAUGCUUGUGUGUCCAGACUGCAAUGCUGUAACAUGUGCCUCUUGCAGACGACCGUGGGAGAAGGAACAUCAGGGAAUAUCUUGUGAAGCAUUUGCUGCUCUGAAAGGUUCUGAAGAUCUUGAGGCUCAAGCAUUAGGCUUAGCAAAGCUCCUUACAGAAGAUGGCAUAAGUUGUCCAAGAUGUCAUUUUCGGUAUGCUUUAGCGAAGGGUGGUUGCAUGCAUUUCCGAUGCCUCCAAUGCCAACACGAUUUUUGCAGCGGAUGUUCCAAACCUUUCAAAAUGGGACAGAAAUGUGGAGUUUCAGAGUUUUGUGCAAAAUUGGGAUUACAUGCUCAUCACCCAAGAAAUUGUCUAUUCUAUUUACGAGAUAAAGACCCGGAAGAUUUACAAAGGUUACUCCAUCUUAGCGAUGUGGAAUACGAUACGGAACCCCCUGAAGGCAUGGAGUCAAAUAAAACAUGCCAAGUCAUGGAACAAAAAGAAACUGCAGAUGGCAUGGUUGAUGACUAUUGCGGCAAAGAGGUUGAAGCGGGCUAUGCUGGUCUAUGCAGACUUCAUUACGUUGAAUAUCUGGGCCAGUUAGUGAAUAAGCACAUGGUAGAUCCUAUUCAGAUCUUCGAGAAAGAUGACUUGGAGCUUGUCCUAAGAAGAGCAAAUGUCAGGCUUCCAGCCAGGAAAUACAGAGAAACAGAUGACCAAUACAGGGAAAGACUUGUCCAACUAAUACAAGAAGAAUUGCCAUUAGACAAAAUAGAGGGAAGCUGAUUUGACUUGAAAUUGAAGAACUAAAAGAAAAUGGUGAAGUGAUGCACUGGUGAAGUGGUUGCACUGCAAACAGCGGGACUGUUUGAACACCUAUUGUAAUAACUAUUUUUAAGAUUUUAAUGCAGAUACUAAUGAUACAUAUUAGUAUUUAUUUCCACCUAUCCAAUAUCUACGGAAAAUGCUUGAGUAAAAAAUAUGAUUUUCUAACUUGAAUUGCGCUUCUUAGACAAAUAAGUAAAUUACUGCUUUUAAUAAACUACCAGUAUUUUAAAAAAUAAUUUUUUAUAGUGAUUUAUUUAAAAAUUUUAUUUUUAAGACUAAAAUCGUCACAAUUUAUUUAUAAAUGUUGUUACAAAUAUGUAUGCAGGCUUAUAAGCCCUUGUCGAAUUUAAGAACAAAUAGUGAUGAGCAUCACAAAGAUGUAUCCAGAAUUAUUAUGUGAUUCGAAUCGACUACUUCCGUACGAUAAUAUUCCACGUUUUUAAAUCGAUAAUGAUUAUGAACAGUGCUGAUUAAAUGUUUUAAUUUAUAAAUUUAUUUUACUAGAAUUUCUUGUACCGGUUUUUCAAAAAAACAUUUUUUCUUCGAAUUAAAAAAUAAUUACUGACUGUAUUUGAAUACUUGAGCUAUAAUGCAAUUACGUAAGUAUACGAAGUAUACCUACAUAAUUGCAAAACUAAAUUUAAACUUCAAAACAUUACUAAAGAGUGUAUAUACAAUAGGUUGUUUUCAAGAUCUACUGAUUUUUAGUUUGAAAGAUCUAUACGUUGUAAUCAAGAUCUUUUUAGAGCUAUGUUAAUGAGGCAACUGAUAAUGAAUUACCCUGUUAUAUUUAUUUCACACUUUACCACUGAUAAAUAGAGUAGCUAAUAAACUGCUUUAUUUAAUUUUAAAAAUAUUCAUGUAAAUAUUAAUAAUCAAUAAUCUGUGAGAGUUUUUAUAGAAACGAAUUAUUUCAUUGAAAUAAUGUAAACGUAAGUGUGAUGAUGUUUUAUAAGAAAUGAAAUUGUAUUUACAUGUUAACAAUUGAACUCUAAAUGAAAGUUUAGUGUUUUCACUGUAUUUUGUAUUGUUAUUGUAAAGUAAUAGAUAUAGUAAAGUUUGUUAUUGUUAUAA